AUGAGUGGUAAACAACAGCCCAAAAUUCUGCUUAAAUCUCGACCCACGGAUGAUUCCACUGCUGGACCCUCGACAGCAACACCCAGAAGAACGCCAACGAUCCUAGCUAAUGCUGCUCCCCAAAUCGCCGGUACGUCGAAGAGUAUCGAUUCCAGACAUGGAGCAACAUCGAAAACACUUCCGGUAACAACCGCUCCCGAUCCGUACAGUUACACGCCCAUGGAUGGGUCUCUGGUGUUGUUAAAGAACCAUAAUGCGAUCAACUACCGCACGCUAGACUUUCUUCACGAAACCAACCAAGAUUACGUAGUGAUUGGAACGAUAGGCAUGCCUGGUGUAGGCAAGUCCACGAUCCUGAAUUUACUCAACACAAACCUUUACUCACCGGACCAGAGUGACAGCAAAGCGGUUUUUCCCGUGCACGGUGCAAUCAACAUUGCUGGCGAAAAUGAAGUACGAAUGCAUAUCACUGAGGAUCGACUAAUUUUGUUAGACUGUUGCGAGCCAGUGUUUGGCCAUGCUAGAAAAGACUUCAUCCAGCACGAACAAGAUGAGCUGAAGAAGCUGAUGAUACUGCUGCGAAUUUGUCACGUAAUUUUUGUCGUGCAGGAAGAAUACUAUAACAUCCGGCUAAUGCGUAUGCUUAUGUGGGCAGAAAUGAUGACGCAAGUGCACAGCAAGCUUCCGACGAAGCUGGUAUUCAUCCGGAACAAAGUUGUGCCACACAGCGAAAAUCAUGAUCCACGUGAGAGGAUGAUCAAUUUGUACAGACAAAUGUUUCUCAACGCUUCCUCGGUUUCGGUGAUGAGCACCACUUUCGGUGGAGAUUCCGGAAUGCAGGAGGAGGAAGUAUUCAAUUUCGUUGAAUUUCCCGUACUGGAAAAAGGGUGUGAUACUGUUGUCAUUACGGAGCAUUUAAAAGAAACAAUAUUGCUGCUUCGGCAAAUGGUGUACGCUGGCCGGAACACCAUUAUGGGGCACAAUAGCUCGGAAAAGGCAUGGGGCCAAGCGUUGGUCAAGCUUGUCGAUUGUCCCGAGAGUAAUUUUUUCGUCGACAAGUAUGAAAAGUUGAAAGAAAAGUACAACCUUCAUAAUCACGUUAAAAUUGUGGAACAUCCCUAUCGCGAAUCAACGGGGUUGCACUUUGUGGAAUAA